AUGGAGCUGCUUCAUCACUACUCUACGUCCACCUGCUAUACGGUAUCUCGCUUGCCCAUCCUCCAAACAGUCUGGCGCAUCAGAGUGCCCAAGCUUGGGUUUUCUUCACCAUUCGUCCUUCACGGGAUUUUGUCCCUAUCAGCGCUACAUCUAGCUUAUUUGAAGCCCGAGCAGCACGCGCAAUAUGUGACACAGGCCGAGUUUCAUCACAAUCUGGCCCUACAGAUGGUGUCCGCGACUUUGCCCCUGAUAGACGAGGAAAAUGCGGCUGCUGUAUACCUGUUUUCUACGAUCACAUCAAUCAUUUCUUGUGCUAAACCAAGACAACCGAAUGAUUUUUGGGUAAUUGGCGACAGAGACAUUGAAUGGCUGACACUUUUCCGAGGCACUCGGUGGAUCAUCGCUAGUGCGGAGGAUACCAUCAAGUCCGGCGCUCUUUCACCGAUCUUCAAGAACGGUGCAAGGAGGAGUUCCGCGCGCAAUGCGAGAUCUACCGUCAGAUUGACCUACCUUGAUGAUCUGCGAAACUUGCUCACGAACCACGUAGCAGAUGUCCAUAGAUUGGAAGUCUACUUUGGCGCGAUCGAGGACCUGGGCAAGUCCUUCGCCACCGUGGAGGAGGAAGGCCCUCGAAAUUGUCAAACGGCUGACGUGUUUGUUUGGCUGCUUCAGAUGUCCGAUGAAUACCUCCAACUCCUUCGACAGCGAAAGCCCGAAGCCCUGGUCAUUUUUUCGUAUUUCUGUGUGAUCACAAACGAGUUGGAAUGGAUGUGGUGGAUGCAAGGGUUGAGCAUUCAUCUGAUUCGUGGAAUAUACUACUUUCUGGACGAGGAGUAUCGUUGUUGGCUGCAGUGGCCGAUGGAACAGUUGGGUUGGGCUCCAUGA